GGUGGGGCGGCUCUGCGGCGAGGGGCCGGCCGAGGCGCGGCCGAGGGGAGGGCAGAGCGGAGCCGCCGUGCUGAGCUGAGCGGGGCCGAGAGGCAGAGCCAGGAGGGACGGAGCCGCGACGGGACGUGCCAUGCACUCCUGAGCCGGGCUGCGCCGAGCCCCGCGCUGCUGCGCCGAGCCGUGCUGUGCCGAGCUGCUCGCCAGCAUGGUCCCCUGGCUCUGGCCGUGCCUCCUGGCCGCUCAGGCCCUGGCCGCCAACUUCCCACCGAGGUACAGCCUCUACACCGGGGGGGCCACGCCGCUCGGCACCGGCCAGGCCACGGCCCCGCAGGGCCCCGGCGCGGCACACGGCGCUACCCGGGCUGCCAGCCGGCACAGGAACUGGUGUGCUUACGUGGUGACGCGCAGCGUGAGCUGUGUGGUGGAGGACGGCGUUGAGAGCUUUGUGAAGCCGGACUACCAGCCCUGCAGCUGGGGACAACUGCAGUGCCCCCGCAUCCUGGCGUACCGCAGCUUCCUGCGGCCCCGCUACAAGGUGGCCCAGCGGACGGUAUCGGAGCUGGCCUGGCGCUGCUGCCAGGGCUACUCAGGCGACGACUGCACCGAGGGACCAGCACUGGCAGCCCCCUUGCCCACUGGCCGCCCCCGGCCCCGGCCCGGUCGUCCAACACUCUCCGGCUUCGGCAACCCCCUCAGUGGCAUGGGGGGUGAAGGUGGCGGGGACUCGGAGAAGGUGCGGCGGCUGGAGGAGCAGGUGCGGCGGCUGAGCGAGGAGGUGCAGGAACUGCGUGCUGGGCAGGAGCCACCGCCGGAGCAGCCGCACCAAGCAGCAGCCGGCAGCCCCGAGGACACACAGCCAGCCGACGCGGCUGCCGGAGCUGAGCUGCGGGAGGCACUGAGCCACGUUCAGCGGCGGCUGGAGGAGCUGGAGAACCGUCUGCGGCACCAGGAGAGCAGCCGGGAGGGCCCAGGGGGGCCGGCCAGGGACCUGGGGGCAGCCUCGGAGCUGAGAGAGCUGGAGCAGCGACUGCAGGAGACAUGUGCAGCGUGCACAGCUGGCACUGAGGGGCUGCGGCGGCAGGCAGCUGAGGACCGGGAGCGCAUGCGGGCGCUGGAGAAGCUGGUGGGCUCGGUGGACCAGCGCAACCGGGAUGCGGUGGAGACGGUGCAGCAGCACAUCAGCAGCCUGAGCAGCCGCCUUGCCCCUGUCGCACCGCCUGCGCACGAUGAGUUGCACCGGCGCCUGGCUGAGCUGGAGCGGCGGCUGGAGGGGCUGCCAACGGCGGCAGCAGGCCCCAGCGGGCAGGGGCCAGUGCUGGCCCGGCGGCUGGCAGAGCUGGAGGGGCGGCUGAAUGCCUCACGGGCUGGCCCAUGGCCCCUUGAGCCAGACGCGCGGCAGAGCGGGCUGCCAGGCCGCGUGGCCAACCUGAGCCGGGCGGUGGAGGGGCUGGCGGCAAGCGGGGCUCAGCGUGGUGCACGACUGGCACAGCUGGAGGGGUUGGUGACCCGCUGCAGCCAGCCCUGUCCCACACACACUGAGCCCACGGCAGGCGGCCAGGACGGGCAGCUCAGCCCCCUCCUCCAGCAGCUGGAGCGGCGGCUGCAGGAUGCGGAGGGGCAGCUGCAGGCACUUGGGGCCAACGGGGACAGGCUGUCUGGGGUGCUGCAGGGGCUGCGAGCAGAAGGGGGGGAGCUGCGGGAGCUGCUGCGGGCACAGGGGAAGGCACUGGGGCAGCUGUCAGGGCAGCUGGAGCCGGGGGGUGCCCUGCAUGAGGAGCUGCAGCAGCUCCGCAACCGGACAGGGCAGCUGGGGGCUGAGCAGGAGGCGGUGAGCAGCAACCGCUGCCCUGAGCCCUGUACCCUGCUGACGGCCCCCGAGCUGGAGCGGCUGUGGGCCGAGGUGGACGCCUGCACGGCUACUUGCCGCCCACCGCAGCCAGGACCCACUGCGCCAGGGCUGGGGCCAGAGCCCGAGCUUGAGCCGCCGCUGGAGGGUUUCAGCGUUUUUGGGGGCACAUCCCCCUCGGAGCUGCGGGGGCUACGAGGAGAGCUGGCGGCAGCCCUGCUCGCCCUGGGUGGGCUGAACGCCACGGUACAAGGACUGCAGGACGAGCUGGACCAGCAGGACGCCCGGCACCGUGACCUGGCCAUCAUCACCGACCGCUUGGUGGCCGAGCUGGACCAGGCAGCAGCAGCAGCGGCGGCACGGGAGGCUGCAAGCGAGGAGCGGCUGGAGGGGCUGGUGCGGGAGCUGGUGCGGGCCGGGGGCUGCCCAGGAGGGCUGGAGCCGCGUGUGGCCAAGCUGGAGGGUGUCUGCGAGCAGCUGGAGGCCGUGGCCGCGGGGCUGCGCGGUGUGCGCGAUGGACUGGGCCGGCAUGUGGCCGCACUGUGGGCCGCGGUGCGGGAGCUGAACGGCACAGCCCUCACCCACAGCACGCUGCUGGAGAAGGCACUGGAGUCUCAGCUUCCACGGCGCCUCAGCGCCCUCAACGCCACUCUGCAGCUCCUGAGUGGGGACCUGCAGCGCCUGUGGCAGCGCGACAUCAGCGGCCCCCCUGGGCCCCCUGGCCCUGCCGGCCCCAUGGGUGAGGCAGGACCCCCUGGCCCUGUUGGGCCCCCCGGCAAGGAUGGAGAACAGGGCCUCAUGGGCCCCCCUGGGCUGCCAGGAGAGAGAGGCGAGGUGGGGCCGCCGGGCUCCGUGCCCCGCAUCGCCUUCUCAGCCGCCCUGAGCACCCAACACGCCGAGCCGGGCACCGUCCCCUUCGACCAGGUUCUGCUCAACGACGGUGGCGCCUACGACCCCGAGACAGGGACGUUCACGGCGCCGGUGAGCGGGCGGUACCUGGUGAGCGCGGUGCUGACCGGACACCGCGGGGAGCAGCUGGAGGCCGUGCUGUCCCGCUCCAACCAGGGCAUCGCCCGCCUGGACUCGGCUGGUUUCCAGCCCGAAGGGCUGGAGAAGGGGCCGGUGGCGGCGCUGCAGCCGAGCCCAGGCGCGCUCGGCGCUUUCAGCCUGCUGCUGCCGCUGGCAGCUGGCGAGACCCUCUGCGUGGACCUGGUCUCGGGGCGGCUGGCGCACGCGCCCGACGAGCCCCUCACCGUCUUCAGUGGUGCUCUGCUCUACGAGGAGCCCUGAGACCACCGUGACCCCGCCACGGGGCUACCGGCCACCCGGGGGCACGGCCGAGCCGGGGGGUUCCCCAGGCCCCGGCGAGACUCCCCACACCCGCCCUAUUAUUUAUCAGCACCCGCCACCCCCUGCUCCGCCCCCCGCCGCCACGUGCCCCCGCCCCACACCGCCUGCCCUGGCCCCCCACGCCGCCCCACCGCCCCCGGCCCACCACUGCCCCCACGAAAUAAAGACGCGGCACCGGGUUUUGUA